CUCCUCAUCUCCUGAACCCCAUUUCCAUCCCUCUCCUAAUCUCCUCUCUCCCUCAACCUCUAAGCACACAUCAGAGGAUUAGGAAACCGGGGAGAGAGUAGCAAUGGCGGACAAGGAGAAUUGCGUGAGGGUCACUCGCUUGGCCAAGAAAAGGGCUGCUGAGGCAAUGGCUCUUGCCUCUUCCCAGCAGCAGAGGCCCAAAAAGAAUAGGGUUGUUUUGGGAGAGCUUAAGAAUUUGUCUGGUGAUGUUUGUUCAGAUGAUUCUCAGCAUCAGAAGCAGCAGAAAUGCAGGCCUAAAAGAAAGGUGAAGGAGCAGGCUUUGGAGGAGAAGAAAGAGAAGUUUGUGGUUGUGGUUGUGGAGGAGGAUGGUGCUAUUGAUAUUGAUGCCAAAUCGGAUGAUCCCCAAAUGUGUAGGGAUUAUGUUUCUGACAUUUACCAAUAUCUUCAUAAGAUGGAGAUGGAGGUGAACAGAAGACCAUUGCCGGAUUACCUUGACAAGGUUCAGAAGGAUGUAACAGCAAAUAUGAGAGGAAUUUUGGUGGAUUGGUUGGUUGAGGUGGCUGAGGAAUACAAGCUUCUUUCAGAUACGCUGUACUUAACUGUUUCCUAUAUAGAUAGAUUCUUAUCAAAGAAUGCUAUCAGCAGGCAAAGGCUGCAACUUUUGGGCGUUUCUUCCAUGCUUAUUGCCUCGAAGUAUGAAGAGAUUAGUCCUACUCAUGUGGAAGAUUUCUGUUACAUUACUGAUAAUACCUACACUAAGCAAGAGGUGGUGAAGAUGGAAUUUGACGUGCUCAAGUUCCUCAAGUAUGAAGUGGGCAAUCCGACAAUCAAGACAUUCCUUAGAAGAUUCACCAGAGUAGCUAAGGAAGAUUACAAUAAUCCAAAUUUGCAGUUGGAGUUCUUAGGCUACUACUUAGCUGAGUUAAGUUUGCUGGAGUAUGGCUGUGUAAAAUACCUACCAUCUUUGGUUGCUGCUGCAGUCGUAUUUCUCUCAAGGUUUACACUUCAGCCAGAGUUGCAUCCUUGGAAUGCUGCACUACAGCAAUAUUCAGGAUAUAAACCAGCAGAACUAAAGGAAUGUGUCCAGCUCAUACAUGACCUGCAACUAGGUAGAAGGGGAAGCACUUUGGUGGCAGUGAGGGAGAAAUACAAUCAACAUAAGUUCAAAUGUGUGUCAACAUUAUCUCCUCCCCCGGAAAUACCAGACACAUUCUUUGAAGAUGUAAAAGAUUAACAAUAUGCAACUCUUGCCUGGAAGCUCUAAAGAAGGACUCAUCAGAUAGUGUGGAUAAGCUUUGAUAUGAUAGCUAGUUAAUAUCAUCAGGUUGGAAGAUUAUUCAUUCAAGUCGACUUCCUGAUGCUACUUGGUGGAAUCCUCGAAGUUAUGCGAUAUGAUAGGCUUCUUCUCUCAUGUUGGUGGUCUGUAAUGUUUGAAAAUGUGCUCUAAGUAGAGAGCAUAAUAAUAGGUAGUUGUAACAUUUACCUUGUCAGGGUUCCAUGACCUAAUUGGAACGUUUUUGAAUGCUGCUUGAUACUAAAAUGGAUUUGGUUGGUGUAUUGGCCAUGCUA